UACUUUCGAGAGAGAGAAAGAUACACGCCACCCACUCUUCGUUUUCGUCCUCCUCCACACUUUCACCAGUUCUAACACACUCACCGUGUCGAAUGUAUAUACACAAACCCUUCUUCUGAUAAUUUCUCCUCCGAAUUGGUGCUUACUAAUCGUGCUUGUAAAUAAACUUUACCAAGUAGGGAAUCGCAAACCCAUGGUGGGCAGUGUGUGAGAGCGUUUUCAUAGAAGCGAUCGAUUAUGGGACAAGGCGUUACGGCAUAGAGAAAUGCAAGACAGGGGGAUUCUUCACCAAGGGGUGGAAAAAAUCUACCUUUAUUUACUCGAAAUUCGUUCCACUGAACAAUUUACCCACGUCUACGAAGACCUGUAUUAUGCACUUAUCCUUAUGUAAUUCGUGAAGACAAAGUAGAAACUGAAUCCGACAAAUGAAGAGGCAAACAACAAAGUGUUAAAAGAAACGUCUCAUCUUUCUCACACUAGUCGUUCCUGAUUGGAACACAGAACGAUUGCUCUGCAGCGAGCCUCAGUUUUCCCAUUCUGAUUCUCAGUCUCAACGAUUUGAUCAUAAAUUCAUUCUUGUGAAGUGAUAAUACAUUGGACUACUGGACACAAUUAAUUACAUAUAUUUAUGAAAUUCAGCCUUGAUUUUGCACCCAAGUAUUAUCAGUGUCUGUAUUAAGGAACUGGAAUCCACAUCAUGAAUUCCUCGCAUCCGAGAAUGACGAUCAGAUCCUUGGGUCCUAUUGGAGUGGUAACGGGUCCUGGUGGCCCAGUCGGAAUUGGGAUCGGAUUGCCAAUAAUGUCCACAAUGCCACAUUCUCAAAUGGUACCCCAACUGGGACAGUACCACCCACAAAAGAAGCUUGUUUCACCAGAUUCUUCAGAUGGCAACGACAAAAUUGUGGCCCAACUAUUUGCACACCAUCGAUCACCCCCAACUGUAUCGUCACUGCAAAGCUCUGCUGGUGUUACACAUAGCCCCAUGACAUGGUCAAACCCGUUGCUUCCCUCGUCCAUGUCGUACCCAGUAAUGGGGAUGGGUGUGGGUGUUAUGGGACCUACACAUGGGUUAUCUGAUGCCAGCGUUCUUUAUGGUCUAAUUAGCCCAGCAGCAGCUGCGCAGAAUAUGAAUAUUCCAAACUCAACAAUGAAUCAUCAGAACCAAGUUCUUGGGUUAUCGCCCAUGACUUCAAAUGUCAUCUCUUCUUCAGAGCAAGUGGGGAGCAGUGAAGCAUCCUUUAGUGGAAGAGAUCGUAUAAUAUCACCUCCUCAAACUGCAGAGCCACAACCUGCAAAGGAAAUCAUUCACUGCAAACAUGUGACAUUAUUUCCUCCAAAUCCCUCCACACCUGCACCAACAACUCGAGAAAAGCCACCAGGUUGUAGAACAGUUUUUGUGGGAGGUUUGCCCGAAUACGUGACCGAAGAAUUGGUUAGAGAGCUGUUUGACCGAUGUGGGGAAAUUGCCAAAAUUCGUAUGUCGAAAAAGAAUUUUUGUCAUAUCCGAUUCGAACUAGAACAAUGUAUCGAAGCCGCAAUCGACUUAUCCGGCUAUCGAAUUCGAAUCGGAAGUAACAGCGAUUCACCAAAUAUUGGACGAUUGCAUGUGGAUUAUGCUCAAGCCAGGGACGAUCUGUAUGAAUUUGAAUGCCGACAACGACAACAUUUGCGUGAACAAAGGCACAAGGAAAGAAUAGUAAAAGAACGAUUAAUGCCUGCCAGUCCUCCAAACAUUGCUGUAUAUUCCGAUCAUGAGGCGUCUCUAGUCGCUGAAAAAAUUAAAUCUGACGACUCCUUUAUCAAAGGAAUCCACGUUCUAGCGGCCUGGCUCGAAAGAGGGGACUGUCUAAAAAAGAAUUCAACGUCAUUUUAUUCCAUGAUUCAAUCCACAAAUCAAAAACGAAGACGCCUUCUAAACGAAAAAUCUCAAUAUGAAGACGAAUUGCAGAAAGCCAAGGAGCUCAUGAGACAAAGGAUGACUGGCUUGCUCCUCCAAUUUAGCCAAAUUGAAAAGGUUUUCAUGUCUGCAUGCAACAGGAAAGCUUGGGAUCAUUUUUCAAAACCUCAGAGGAAAAAUAUUGAAAUGUGGCAUAAACAAGCGACUGAAAUAAAGUCAGCCCUCCUGGAAGAAGCGUUAGCAGAAAGAAAUGAGGAAGAAAUGGAUCUUUCGGAGAGUGAUUCCGAGAAUGAGAUUGACAAGCAUAACGAGCUGGAGCUGGAUCGCAGCCGCAUCCCCGCAAAAAAACCAAGAUGGGAAGAUAGCAAAGCCGUGAAUCACUUACAAGAGGAAAAUGAUAGCCUCCGCUGUCAAUUAGAAGCCUCCUAUAAUGAAGUGGACAUGGUGAAGGCGGAUCUUAAGUCUGAAAUAGAAGUCAAAGAUGGAGAAUUAAAAGUUCUUCAACAUAAACUGAAUGAGCAGCAAAACUUGUUGACAUUACAUCUUGAAUCUCAUCAGUCGACAAAUAUAGGACGCGUUACCACGUGUCAUUCUCAGGAUUCUCAAGAUUCUCCAGGACAGGAAAAUCCUGGACAAUGUGAUAGUAGCAGUUGUAGUUCCGUGAUAGCUUGUAAUAAUUUAUUGAUGAACCAAUCUCAGCAAAACAAUCAGUCCAGUUCCAUUACGGAGGAGGAUAAUCAUAAAGGUGCAAACGCAACAGUUAUGCUUUCUGAAACGGAUGCACGAUUGAUUGGAGUAAUCUCAACAUUUCUCCAUGUUCACCCCUUCGGUGCUAGUCUAGAUUACAUUUGGUCCUACACUCAAAAAAUUGUACCAACUAUUCCUGCCAACCAUAUUGAAACGUUAAUAUCCAAAUUCCCAACACUUUUUCGACAGGAAACUCACGGUGUUGGUGCUACUCUGGAGAGAAAAUGGGUGUUUAUUGGGUUUAACAUGUAGCAAUGUGUACAAAAUUUAAAACAAUCAGUAAUGUUAUUCUAAAAAUUGUCAAGUUAAUUGUACUUACAUGCAUAUAUGUAUGUAUGUAUGUAUUAUAGGUAGACAACAUUCCAGUUUAAUUUAUUCUCUGAACUUUUGUACAAAAUUACGGCCAAUCGCUUACGUAUUAUUACAAUAGUAUACAAAAUACCCACAUAAAAUGUGACGAAAUGUACAAUCAAUCAAUAAACUCGGUCUGAUACAUGUGCA